GGCCGCCAACUUCACCCAACGACAAUCCUCCCACACAACACACCGCAAUCAUGUCGGACUCCCAGGUGACGCUUCGCACGCGCAAGUUCAUCCGCAACCCACUGCUGGGACGCAAGCAGAUGGUCGUUGACGUUCUCCACCCAUCCCGCGCAAAUGUCUCCAAGGACGAGCUCCGUGAGAAGCUCGGCCAGCUCUACAAGACCUCCAAGGACCAGGUCUCCGUCUUCGGAUUCCGAACACAGUUCGGUGGCGGCAAGAGCACCGGUUUCGCCCUCCUUUACGACUCCGCCGAGGCGAUGAAGAAGUUCGAGCCCCACUACAGACUUGUGCGAUACGGACAGGCGACCAAGAUUGAGAAGGCCAGCAGACAGCAACGCAAGCAGAGGAAGAACCGCGGCAAGGAGACCCGCGGAACCGCCAAGACCAAGGCCGCCAGCAAGGACAAGAAGAAAUAAACGGUUCGCAUCGAUACAGGAGUGUUCUGUUUUUGGUGGUGGAAGGUGGCUGCAAUGGGGUUCGAUUACGCUUUUCUGGCCUCGCUGCAAGCAUGGUGUGCAGCUAUCGGAUUCUGCUCUUGCAUGUGUUCGGUGUGCUGGGAAAAGGGCACCGAUCUUGGCGUUGAUAUGCUGAGGGUGUAGCUUACUACUACAAAAGGGCAAUGAAAGAUUCUGUCACC